AUGACUGGCUUGUUUGUGGAGAUGAACAACCGUCUGAUCAGCCUGUCGGAUAACUUUUAUAUGAGAAUAGUAACCAAGUCACAAAGGGAAGUCGAACAUGCUAGCAAUGGCUUGACACUUGAAACGAUCAUCCGAUGCGACGAGGCUAUUAAAGAAUGGUGGGCGACUACUCCUACUUGCUUACGGCUAUGCAACGACUUAUACACCGACAAUCUUCAGCUACUGAACGACACAGACUGGAUCAAGGGUGUUAUAAUCUGCUUCGCCCAUAUGCUAUCCAACUAUGAGGAUAUGCCUUCGAGCAGAUUUUACCGUCUACCAGAACUACAGUACCCACUACCCGGAUAUGCUCUUUUUGUCGAUAUCUUAGAUACAUCUUGUGCUCACCUUCAAUCAACGCCUUAAAUGAUCCCUCGGAUCUCACAACAACUUUUGGCUGUUUGGACUCUAUGGCAAAGUAACAUGCACUGUUUCCUUACCUCCCACUACAUACUGUCAACUUUUCUCACCACCACCCAUUGUGUAUACCAUCCACCUUUUGUCUAACUUUUACUUUGUUCAAGAUGCAUAUGUAUAUGUACAUAUUAGAAAUCCUUCGUGUUGUUUAGCUUUAUAUAUAAACUUCUCUGUGUUGUAUUCGUU